AUGGAUGAAGAAUUAAAUGUUACCUAUAUAACUUUUGAUGGGCAUGUGGAAAUUAACAAAUACAGAUAUGUUUAUUUUUUUAUUCUGUUCACAUUAUAUAUUCUAAUAACUUGCAGUAACUCUAUUAUUAUAUACCUCAUUUUGAUUCAUAAAAAUCUCCACGAACCUAUGUACAUUUUUAUUGCAGCAUUGCUACUGAACGUUGUCAUUUACAGCACAACUAUUUACCCAAAACUCCUGAUUGACUUUUUAUCUGAAAAACAAAUCAUAUCAUAUUCAGCAUGUCUCUUUCAGUUUUUCAUAAUUUAUUCUCUAGGUUGUUCUGAGUUCUUUCUCUUGGCAGCCAUGGCCUAUGACAGAUAUGUGGCUAUAUGUAAACCUCUACAAUAUCCAACCAUCAUGAGAAAAAGCACUGUGAGUAUUUUCCUGGUCAUAGCUUGGCUUGUACCUGCUUCUAAUAUUGCAGUCCAAGCAAUAGGAAUGGCUAAAAGUAAACUGUGUUCCUUUCAUUUAAAAUCAAUAUUUUGUAACAAUACAAUUUACACUCUUCAGUGUGUAAGAUCAAGGUUAGUUACUGUAUUUGGUAUAGUUAGUUAUUUAGAUCUCGUAGUAUUUCCUAUACUUUUUAUAGUUUUCACAUACACAAAAAUAUUCAUAGUCACUUAUCGCAGUUGUAAAGAAAUUAAGAAAAAAGCUGCAGAGACCUGUUUACCCCACAUGUUAGUUUUAAUUACCUUUUCCUGUUUAGGUGUCUAUGAUGUAAUCAUGGCUCGAAUGGAAACAGAUUUUCCAAAAACUGCACGCUUAAUAAUGACAUUACAAGUAGCUUUCUAUCAUCCUUUAUUUAAUCCAUUCAUAUAUGGGCUUAAAAUGAAGGAAAUUUCUAAACAUCUAAAAGGUGAUGUAUCUUUUUAUAUUAAUUCAGCUGUGCCAGGGCCCUGCUCCGGUUGGUGCGUGGAUACACCGCCCCGACGUGACUGGUUCCAGCUGGAGGACCCGCCCAUUAAAAGGAGGCUGGAGUGCCGCGGCAGGAGAGGUCCUCGCAUUUCUCCUUAUGACCCAGCAGUGUUACUGUGGCAGCCUCUGGCUGCAGUGCGGCUCGAAAGUGUUGGAAGUGGAACGGGUCGUAACAGCACUGUUGUGGAUAGACACUGCUCUCCUGACCUGGAGUUCAUGACGCCCAUAAAGAGGACCAUCACCACCUGGCCUGAGGCCGCCCUCCCCCGAUUGCAGGACUGUUUUGAACACACACAGUGGGAUGCCUUCUACAAUCAAGAUCUGGCAACAUUCACAGAUACGGUACUGUCUUACAUCAAGUACUGUAUUGGGAACGUCACUGUGAAAAAGUGCAUCAGGGUGUUCCCGAACCAGAAACCCUGGAUGACGAGCCAGGUCCGUUUGCUCCUCCGGGCCCGUGAUACAGCCUUCAGGUCAGGUGACAAAGAAUUGUACGGCAUCGUUUGA